CUGCGUUCGGAGCUCGGGUUGGGCGGAAAAUGGAAAUGAACACCCCUGGCGCGUGUGGCAUUACGUGGUGGGUGGGCAGAAUCGAGCCAAGGCAGGCAGGCAUAAAUAGCCAGGUGGACCAGGCUGGUGCCAGAUGCAAACAUCCGGAGGCAGGAGUCGGAAAGCAGAGCUGUGAGACCAUCACCACCACCACCAUGACUCCAGCAUCCAUCCCAAUCUGCCUCUUCUGCCUGUUUGCCUUCUCUUCUGCCUGCUACAUCCAGAACUGCCCUCGAGGAGGAAAGAGGGCCUAUCCGGACACUGAGAUCCGACAGUGUAUCCCUUGUGGUCCUGGGAACAAAGGGAACUGCUUUGGCCCCAGCAUCUGCUGCGGGGAAGAGAUGGGCUGCUACUUUGGCACGGCCGAAACUCUGCGCUGCCUGGAAGAGAAUUACCUGCCUUCUCCUUGUGAGGCUGGAGGGAAGCCGUGCAGCGCAGGCGGGAGAUGCGCUGCGUCCGGCAUUUGCUGCAAUGAUGGUAAGUAA